AUGAACCAACUUGAGGAAGCGUUUAGGCUCCUUCUAGAAGGGAAAAAUAAAGAAAAGGCCUAUGAGUUCGAUGAGGAGCUUAAGCCUUUUUCUCCCCUUAUCUUAAACACAACAUUCCCCAAUGGUUUCAAGAUACCUCAUGUGGCGCCCUACGAUGGGACUACCGACCCAAGCAGCCACCUGAGCACGUUUAAUACCGUGAUGCGAGCCAACAACAUUGGAUAUGAGCUUAGAUGUAUAAUCUUCAAAACCACACUCACUAGACCAGAAAAGAAUUGGUUUGACAAAUUUCGAAGACACUCGAUCUCGUCUUGGGAUCAAUUGUCUAAGGAGUUCAAGAAGCAGGUCCAAGCUGCGAAGAGUAUCAAGCACGAGGCUUCCACCUUAACGAAUGUUAGAAAACAACCUGGUGAAUCACUGAAGAGCUACCUGGCGAGGUUCAAUAUAGAGGCGGCCCAAGCUCGCAAUGUUGACGACAAUGAACAUCUUAUGGCAGUACGAGCUGGAGUAUUGCCAAGAAGUCCUCUUUGGGAUGACAUGCAAAGGAAGCAUGUGAGGACAAUAACUGAAUUCACCACUCGGGCCCAGAGGUUUGUCAAUGUAGAGGAGGCAAGAUUGGCACUUAAAUUGACUCCUCCGUCCUCAAUAACUACAAUGACAAACAUUAACUCAGCCACUACCUCGGCUAUGCCCUCCAUAACACAACCCUUAGUAGACAAUUCUUCUAAGAGAAAGAAUAAUGAAGGGAACAACCCUGAGGCUGAUGGGAGUAAGAAAAAGAAAGGAGAUAAAAAUUUCUCCAUUUAUACAAUAUAUACCAAGAUCACAGAUACUCAGGAGAAUAUAUUUGUCAUGAAUGAGAAUCAGGUACCCUUUAGACGACCCGAUGCAAUGCGACAUCAGAGAACCAAGAGGGAUUCAAACAAGUUCUAUAGAUUCCACAGGGACCUGGGUCAUACAAAUGAUGAAUGCAGACAAUUAAAAGAAGAGAUCGAAGGGUUGAUCUGA